GUUCCCGUUGGGUGAAUGAUUUUGGUUAGUUUCUUGCCAAAUUUCGGGUUGGCCCAAAUUAGCGAGUACUUCGAAAUUAGCCGUAGGAGAGCAGUGAAUGUCCUGGACGAGUGGGCUGGCCAAUGGGGGCGUGCUGGCCCCCCUGCUGCCGCAGCUCCGCCCCUGGCAGCGGGUCGAUUGGCGCUCCUGCAUGCAGUCGCAGAUCUACGGAGAUUGGGGCAUCUUCUACAACCGCCGCCAGCUGAAACGCUCGGCGCUGGACAGUUUCGGGCGGGCGAUGACCGUCUGCAAGGAGGCGGCGCCGCCCCCCGCUCCGCCCAGCUGCCCAAUGGCCCGCAACACCGGCCCCGCCCACCUUCGCAGCUGUUUCGAUGCGGAGGCGGGCGUGUGCCGCGGGGACUACAAGUCCCUGUUUCAGCGGAGUCGCUGCCAGCGGUCGAUGGCCCGUCCGGAGCUGGCCCUCCUCGAUGUCCGGCGAGCUCAGCGCGCCCUGGAGCUGUUCCGCCGCCCCAAUGAGGCCUGCGCCCUGGUCACCACCGGGAUCAUUGCCGAGAAGUGCGACGCCCUGGUCGAUGCCAACGAAUUCGAAAGCGGCCUCACCACUCUGCACCUGGAAGGGCGUCUCUUCGGCGGACAGUUCGCCGACAGCCGCUUUCGCCAGAUCAAACAGAAGAUCCUUGGCGUUUUCGAUGACACCUUGGGCGAAUCGCUGCGGCCUUUUAUGCAGCAGCACUGCGACGUCCUUGGGGAGGUCGCCCGCCGGCGGAAGGAGCUGGCCGCUCAGGUGCCACGCCCCCUCUGGAAGGAGAUGCGCGAACGGGGGCAGUGCGACGUUCAGAGCGUCCUCGUCAAGGCGCCGGAACAGUUAACCCCAUUGGAAAAAGCCCGUCGGCGGCUGAGCGAACGCCUGUACAACUACAACUACAUGGGCCGCAGCGCCGAUGACGUUGCGCUAUUACGUCAUCUGCGCAGCGACCGCAACUUUCUCGAUCCGCUGAGGCUGAUGACCACGCCCCCCCUGCGCCAACUGAGCGAGGAGCAGUACACAAUUGUCCGUCGGUUUAUGAAAAUGAUGCAUGCCCGGAAUCCGCUGUACAACCGGUUGUACACGAUGCAGCGGCACGGCCGGAUCGGGGAGCAGGAGCGGCGGCAGCGGUUGCGGGAGAUGCACCUGUUCCACGUCCAAUACCGGACGCGUCGCGACUGCCUGAGGAUGCUGCACGAGUUGCACAGGCGCCGCAGGGAGGGCCUCGAUCCGGAGGGGCUGUCCGACUACGUGGAGCGGACAAUGUCCGUACAUUUCGAGCUGAAGACGCAGCGAACGCUGCCCUGGAAGUGGGAGUUCCUCAACGAUGUCUACAAUACGCUGGCACUGGCCUACUGCGACCGCUGCACCGUGCCCGACAAUGUGGACUUCCUGGAAGCCCAGAAUCGACACAUAUUAUAUCAAUUUCGAUCGGAGGAGGUGCGCGACAUGACCGUCAGCGUGGGGGGCUCCAAUAUCUACCUGGAGAUCGAUCGGGAGAAGGAACGGCACAGCCGCAUCAACCAGAAGCUGGAGCAUCUGGGGAAUCGACUGCGCCAUUCCCGCUAUCCGAUCGAGCGAUCCUAUUUGUUAUUCGAGAUUGCGCGCUGCCACUUUAAGGGUUCGCGCUUCGACAAGUGCUUGAUGGUGGUUCAAAAGGCCUUCAACGAGGCGCGCAGAUGCAAUAGUUUGAUCUGGCGGUUCAACUGCGUGUUCCUCGGAUGCCAAGUACAUGCCGUACUGAAUCGAUUUGAGAAGCUAAAGGAAUCCCUGGCCAAGGCCAGGCAAUUGGCCAGCGAUCUGAAGUCCCCGAAACUGGUGGCCUUUAUUGCCAUCUGCAUUAACGUUAACAACUACGAAUUGCAAAUACGGCGAUUGCGGCAGUCGGAUAUGUCGGUGCGGAAAUCGCGCAAACGCAGUCCCAUUAGCACAGCAACUCCAAUGAGCUCUCAGGCAUCCAGUAGUAGUGUGUUGUUAUAGAGAAAAUGUAACCAGAAAAACCUAUUCCAGUUUUGCAAUGGAAUAUUAAGUUGACAGCUGUUGGCUCAGUUGUAUGUAACUAGCAAACUAUUAAAAUGUAAUAGGUUUUUACUAUAGGAUUUAAAUUUUGACUU